UGCACGUCAGCAACAUCACAUGCUACGAGUCUGGCGGCAUGGUGGUCGGGAGUAUUGGUUCAGUGGCUUCGCAGCCCGACUAUGUCGAGAACGUGCUGUUCGAGAAUGUGUCACUCAACCACAGCAGCAAUGCGGCAUGGAUCAAAACCUACCCAGGGAACGGCCGAGUCAGCAAUGUCACCUUCCGCAAUAUCCGCUUCAGCGACGUCAACCAGCCCAUCUACAUCUCGCCAUGCAUCUAUACAGGGCAGAAUUGCGACAACUCGCGUCUUGGAAUCCACAACGUCCGUUGGGAGAACAUUACAGGAACUUCCCGAUACAACAUUGGAGCAGGUAUCCACUGCAGCGCCGCCGCGCCGUGUCAGAACCUCACCUUCUCUGGCAUCGACAUCAGGCAGAAGAACGGCGGUGGUCCAGUGAAGUAUUUGUGUUCGAACAUCGCCAAUCAAGCAAGUUCGGGACUGGGAUGUACAGGUUCCUGCCCUGCCAAUUGGCCCCAACAGCUGAGCGGAAAUGGUUAAU